CCGAAGAGCACAUGGACUGCUGAAUGAAAUGAACGUCGUUGACAAACAUCUGUUCAUUCUCUCGUGUCAAGAACGACAGGGUUCUGAUGGCAUUUUCCCCUCUCAGCUCAUACUUUGCUAGUUCUGCGAACUUUGGCGAUGUCUCUGGAGAGGCAUAGCGGGCCCUGGUGCCCUAUGAUGAUCUCUCUGGACCGAAAAACACCCCUGUCCCCAUCUCAACAAAUGGCACACAACGGAGAUUCAUUGAACUGGACUGAGGCUGAUUACAGGAGCAUUCUUUCUCCGUGUUCACACAUCGUGAAUGAUUCGUCCCUCGUAGAGAACACGUCCCUCUAGUUCGCAGGCACGAGUUCGUCCCAUUCCCAGAAAUGGGAGAGACGUAGCGAUGGCUGGUAGAGCCUCGCCUUGAUGCUUUCGAAGCCGAAGGCACUGGACUCCCGUCCUAUCAUAUUUCUUCACGUUUUUGCGCAUGAGCAUGCAAUCCGAUCCAAUAGAGCCGUCCUCGAUGGCUAGGGAGGAGACUCAGCCUCUGACGGCUUCGCACAUUCUGGUCAAAAGUUUCUUUGCAAUAUUCUACUUGUUUCUUCUCCGACGUUCUUCUCCAAUUUUCUCUUCUUCAUGCCAGAUCCAAGACGCGGAGUCUACUUUUGAGAUUUUCACUUGGUCCCGAAGACAUUCAGAAGUCAAAAUUCCCAAGUCUACUCCAAUCCAUAUUACAGGUCAUUUGGAUGACAACUUCUCAGAAUAAAGUAUUCAUAGGAAGCAACUACGAGGAAUGACCGAAACAGAGAGCAGAAGUUGAGGUCAACGUCAAUCGCGGACAAUGGGUAUCGAAGCUGUGCAAAUUGUUCGCCCCUUAGAAGAACCUGACCCGUACCCCUCACCACCACCAUCCAGAGCUUCCGGCAACAAAGGAAAGUCAGCAGAGGGCGGAUCUCCUUGUGACAAACAUAAAGUGGUGGGGUGUGCUGAAAAGUCAUGUCAAAACGGCGAAGAGCAAGAUCAAGGAGGCAAUUCCACUGGCGCGGCAAGUUAGGGUGGUUUCGGUCUGAACAUAAUGUCAGCGUCGUCAAUGGAUUCGCAUUGGCCUGAAGUCCAGAGAAAUAGUGUAGGAGAUCGCAUCUUAGAC